CUCUAAUAACACGUGUCACGUCCCGACACACGUAAACGAUAUCCGCCGACUAUCAGAUUUGAUAACUGCAAUAAUUUCCUAGUGCAGUUCUUAAAAAAAUAAGAUGAAUGACAAAGAAUGUGUAUUGUGUGAAUUCAGUAAUGAAGAUAAUGCUAUUGCGGUUGGCUAUCGCGAGUGGUUGCUACAUAGCUUAGACGAAGAAAAACUUGACCAGAUCAUUGGCAGCACGGAAGAGAUUAAAUUGCAAUGGCCAAACGUAGAUAUUGGACCCGCCAAUAUAAUGAAAACGAGAGUAAAAAAAUGUAUUUGGCAAACUGUGGUCGCAAAGAUCCUGGCUCAUGGUGACUGGAAGACAAUGUGUAAAAUGCGCGAUAACUUAGAAAAAUAUUCCAUAUUAGAUCCUACAAAACAGGACAGAAAAAUCAUCAAAAGACGAAGUACUGAUAACGUUGAAGAUGACAAAGAUUCUGUGAAUCAAUCCUCUGCACCACAGAAAUCACAACUAAAUAAAGAAAAGAAAAACGUUGUAAAGAGUGUCCUACAUUGUUUGAGAUCGCAAUAA